GAUACACGCCUCACAGCCGACCAGAUCAAAGAGUACAUGCAGGAGCUGCGCCCAGAGCAGUUAUCCGAGAUCAUCGCUGAGGCAGCGCAGCGCCACCCAGACGUGGGGGAGAUGGUGCAGCACAGGGUAGAGCAGCAGCGCGCGCAGGAGCGGCGACGCGUGCUGAACUUUGACAGCUACUCUCGCCACAUCUGGAAGGUGAUCAACGUGUCGUGUGGGGGGAUGAGCGACAAUAGGCAGUGUGAGAUGGCGCUGAGGGUGAUCGAGCAGAUCGAGCGGGCGGUGGACAAUAUUGUUCGGCAUUGCGGGGAGCACGCGAGGCCGCAGACGCGGUGGAAUGGACUGUCUGUGUUGCGCAAGAUUGGGAAGACUUUGGCGUUUAGUUGCCAUAAUAUGUUUCAUCAUGACGUGCAGGAGACAUUUCAGUGGGAUACGUUCUUGGAAGAUGGGAUGCUGGAGAUUUUGGUGGCCAUGAGCAGGGAGGAGAAGGCGGAAAGUCGGAGAGAUGAGUGGCCAGAAGCGUUGUGGCCGAAGUUGGUGGAAUUGGAUGGCUUGCGCCAGCAGCACGGUAUAUUAAUAAAUAUGGAGCAAGUUCUCAAUGAGUUGAACCGGGUGGGCACCGAGGAAGAAAUAUUGGAGAAUGGGGGUGAUGAUAAUGACUCGCGGAGUACUGACUGA